AUGCCGAGUCGCCGCCCUCCCAUUCACCAGGGCGAGCCCCGUCAUUCCACACAUACGGUUAACGAUGUUCUGAGCUCUUUGCAGCGAAAAAUCCAAAGUAGCCAUAUCGACACUACACCCCCAUCAUCAAAUCCUCCCUCGAGGAGAAGUUCUUUCUCCAUGGAGAACAUUCUGACCAAAAAGAAGGACAAAAAGGACAGGGAUGAGCGUGGCUCGCCCAAGGAGAAGAAGGCCACUCUUUCCUUCCGCGCUCCUGGGUCCAGGUCCAAAGAACGCCCCGCGGCCAAGAACGUCACCUCUAGCCAGCCAAAAUCUGCCAGAUUUGAGACGACCAUCGAAUCCGCGCCCCUCGUCAUGUACAACAGCCCCUCAUCCUCGACCGGCGCCCUUCUCUCCACACAGCUCCGCGUGAUUGUGGAUGAUCCUUCUGGCCAAGUCACUCUGACCAGGUGGAAACGGACGAUGCGGGCUGUGAGCACCACCAAACGACCCGCGCACAAGGACUGCAAGGACUGCUCCGAGCGCAUCGACGUAUUGUCCGAAGCCGACAUCAUUAGCAAGCCCACCACUUAUUUCGCCUCCAACGAGAACACGGUCCCGUUCCAGUAUCUCUUCCCCGGAAAGCUACCUGCAACUACGACCUGCCAACUCGGCUCCAUCUACUAUGAGCUCGUCCUCAGCGCAACCACGUCCAAAGGUCAAGAGAUUACCUAUCAGAAGCAACUCACUCUAACACGCGCCAUUCCCGAGGGACCCGUCAAAUCCUCCAUUCGCAUAUUUCCCCCAACAAACCUCACUGGUCGCGUCCAGCUGCCGCCGGUGGUGCACCCCAUCGGCCAGUUCCCGGUCGCUUUGACGCUCUCUGGUGUGGUGGAGAAGAAGGAAACUGCUCAGACACGGUGGCGGCUGCGAAAGCUUAUGUGGCGCGUUGAGGAGCACAGCAAGGUCACGUCGACUCCUUGCACCAAGCACGCCUCCAAAGUACCCGACGGCAAGGCUCUACUGCAUACCGAGACCCGCACCCUUGGUUCUGAUGAGCUCAAGGGUGGCUGGAAGACUGACUUCGAUACCAUUGGAGGCGAGAUCAGCGUCGAGUUUGACGCAAGUAUUGUGACCAAGCCUACCCACAAGCCAGUCUGCGACGUCGAUUCACCUUCUGGGACCAAUGUUAGCCACAAUCUGGUGCUAGAGCUCAUCGUGGCGGAAGAAUUUUGCGCCAACAAAACUCCCUCCAUGAUCACGCCCACUGGUGCUGCCCGCGUUCUUCGCAUGCAGUUCAACAUGGUUGUUACCGAGCGAGCCGGUAUGGGUAUCAGCUGGGAUGAAGAGAUGCCUCCGGUGUACGAGGACGUACCCGAAUCUCCUCCCGGCUACGGCUCGGCCGACCGUAACGACGGUGCAUGGGGAGGCGCCGAAAUACUUGACUACAACGGUCCCGCGAUAGAGUACUACGACCUUGAGCAGGUUCCCAGCACCAACCCCAAUGCCCCUCCGCUUUACCGCGAGCGCGAGCCUUCUCUUCUAGACCUCGAUGGGGAGAGUGGACCGAGCGCCCCUCACAGGCUCGGUGGCUUUACCAACGAUGAACUGGAGGCCGAGCACCCGCAGUUCAGAAGACGGGAUACUGAGAACAGCGAGUCCUCUCAGCAAGCGCCCGAGGUUGACUAUGGCGAGGGUCAAGCUGGUGCCACCGGGCGCUAG